CUGCCAUUGCAGACAUCCGUGUACUCCCAGGCCUAAACUCAAUCUCUAUUUCCUUCAACUUAGUUCAAGUUUGCUAGCCCUACAUUUCUGAGUAGUAAUGGUGAACAAAAGAAAAGAAAAAUUACAAAGUGACUCAACUGCGGUUCAUAUUGAACCCCAAAGAAGAAAGAACAAUAUUCUUCCCGACUUCUUGCAGUCGGUCAGACUCAAAUAUGUAAAGCUGGGUUAUCACUAUCUAAUCUCCAACACUCUGUAUCUCCUGCUCAUAUUACUCCUUUGUAUUGUCUUUAGUCAUCUAUCCACAUUAACCAUUGAAGAAGUCUUCCAGCUCUGGAGCAUGCUUGAGUUCCAUACAGUAACUCUUCUUGUAUCCUCGGUUUCCAUUGUUUUAAUAUUCACCAUUUACUUAAUGACUCGCCCGAGAGAAGUUUACUUGGUGAACUUUGCAUGUUACAAGCCUGAACCAGCUCGGAUGUGCAGUAGAGAAGCUUUCUUGCAAGUGUCUGCACAGACAGAGAAAUUUACAGAAGAAAGUUUAGCCUUUAAGAAGAAAAUCCUGGAGAGAUCCGGGUUUGGACAGAUGACUUAUGGGCCAAAAGCUUUGACGCAGAUCCCUCAGAAUCAGUCUAUGGCGGAGGCGAGAAAGGAGACAGAAGCAGUGAUAGUUGGAGCCAUCGACGAGCUCUUAGCAAAAACUGGAGUUAAUCCUCGAGAGAUAGGUAUUCUGGUGGUGAAUAGUAGCUUGUUUAAUCCAACGCCAUCUUUAUCAGCCAUGGUAGUCAACCACUACAAGCUUAGAGGGAACAUUUUGAGUUAUAACCUUGGUGGCAUGGGCUGCAGCGCAGGACUCAUUUCUAUUGACCUCGCCAAACAACUUUUACAGGUGCACCCCAACUCCUAUGCUCUAGUUGUGAGCACAGAGAACAUCACUAAGAAUUGGUAUACUGGCAAUGACAGAUCGAUGCUCGUCACAAACUGUUUAUUUCGAGUGGGAGGAGCGGCCGUCCUCCUUUCCAACCGGUCAUCUGAUCGCCGCCGCUCCAAGUAUCAACUCCUUCACACUCUUCGCACCCACAAAGGCGCCGAUGACAGAUGUUAUAAUUGUGUCUUCCAGCAAGAGGAUGAGACUGAAACAGUCGGAGUCACCCUCUCGAAAGACCUUAUGGCGGUCGCCGGAGAAGCCCUUCAAGCUAACAUCACCACCCUCGGCCCACUAGUUCUUCCAUUUUCAGAGCAGCUUUUAUUCUUCUUAACUUUUGUCGCCAGAAAAAUUUUUAAAAUGAAGAUCAAGUCGUACAUUCCUGACUUCAAGUUGGCUUUCGAGCAUUUCUGUAUUCACGCAGGAGGGAGAGCGGUGUUGGAUGAACUAGAGAAAAACCUUGUGCUCACUGAAUGGCACAUGGAACCUUCAAGAAUGACUCUUUACAGGUUUGGGAAUACUUCAAGUAGUUCUUUGUGGUAUGAACUGGCUUAUUCUGAGGCCAAGGGGAGGAUUAAGAAAGGUGAUCGAACAUGGCAAAUUGCAUUUGGCUCAGGGUUCAAGUGUAACAGUGCAGUGUGGAAGGCAUUGAAGACCAUCAAACCUGCCAAUGAGACUAAUCCAUGGAUGGAUGAAGUAGCUAAUUUUCCUGUUCAAGUGCCAAAAGUAGCAUCAAUUGCUUUCUAAACAUACUUCUCUUUCGUGUCAACUAGCAUUUAUGUUAUAUUCUUAUGUGUCGUGGAAGUAGAAAAGUGGGAUUUUCCUUGAAUUAAUAGAAAGAUGAAUUAAUAUUGGGCUCCAUUUGCAAUAAAGAAUAAAGGAGGAGCCAAUA